GUUGAUUGGUCGGGGCCUGACUGAGGGGGAUUCCCGUCGGCCAGGAGGGUAAACAAGGCGCCGGCCAUCUUCAUUUGAGGGGCUGAGUCGGGGGGAGGAGGCGCCGCCGCUUUCUUCGCCCUUUCCUGGCGAAACGGAGGAAAUAAUGGGUGCUCCACCUCACCGAUCCGGUUAGAUGAGUUGGAAAAGCGGUGCUGGUCCGACUGUCGAAGCCGACAUGGAGAUGCUGGUCAACGAGGAGCCGCGGCGGCCGAAGCCGGACCCGGGCAAAACGGCUGUGGCUCCGUGGGGCGGCGAGGCCGAGGCCGACGACUGCUACGACAGCGGCAUUAGCUCGCUGAGCGAGAUGCCGAGCCGCCACUUCGACCCGUUGGACGAGGCCAAGGCGGCAGGCGAACCCGAGUCGCAGCCCGACGUGUGGCCGAGCAGCGAGCGGAGGCUGGAGGGCGGCGUCGGCCACAUCAUCCGCGGCCUGGAGCGGGUGGAGCUCCAGGAUAGCGAGAAGAGCAGCGUAAUCUGGAUGCUGGGCUAUUGCAACGAGGACCUGGACUCGAUACUGCACCUGACCAUAAUUCAUGAAGAAGAUUGCCUGCUGGAGCGCCUUCUCUACUAUAUCAAGGGUACGGAUUUUCUCAACCUGCAAAACAACAUGAAGCAGACGGCAUUGCAUUUGGCAGUGAUCCUUGAGCGACCAGAUUUUAUAAAGAAGUUGACAGCUGCUGGAGCGAGCCUCUUGCUGCAAGAGAAGGAUGGGAACACUGCCUUACACCUCGCUUGCAAGGAGAUGGCACUUGCCUGUGUCCAGGCACUCCUGUUUCACCAUUCCAGUGACCUACAUUAUUCCAGUUUGGUGGACCCUUCAGAGUUCAAACAGCAGCUGCAUUUCUAUAACUACCAAGGUUUAACGCCCCUCCACUUGGCAGUAAUACUUAAUGAUGUUAAGAUAGUGGAGUAUCUUCUGCAGUUUGAACAGGACGUUAAUGCAAAGGAGAAAUGUGCAGGUCGGACUGCAUUACAUUUGGGAGUAGAAAAGCAGAAUCCUCACAUCGUCAGACUCUUACUAAAGAGGGGAGCAGAUGUUCAUGCCCAGAUGUACAAUGGCUACACACCAAUUUGUCUGGCGGUGUUCUUGCCCGAUUCUGGAAUAACCCAAAUGCUCAGAGACUAUGGCUCUUCAGAACCAAUUACAGAUGAUGAGUCAGACGAAGAUGAAGGAAUAGAUGAAGAUGGUGUGGGAGAGUAUGAUGACUUUGUGGUGCACGGAUAUUAAUGGAAGAUCAGAAAACCCUGCAGUGUCAUAUUUAAAGAUUAAAACUAGCAUUAAAGUGGUUCAGCCCGACUGCUGUGAAGAACCUUUAGUCCCUUUUUAAUUGUUGUGUAACUUUUGCAUUGAAGCAAUAUCUUGCAUUUGGAGUAGUUUUUAUAUCCUUGUGUUUGCAAGUAUGGAUAUGUGGUUUGAAUGUAUCUGGCUGUUUUCCUUUGAAAAGGAUGAUAGCAAAAUGUCAAGCAGUUGAUGCAGAGAACAGACUGCGGAGAUUGGCAGCAUGGAGAUGUGUUCUGAGGUGAAAGGCAGACUUGGGCAAGCAGACCUUAGUCUUGAUUGCAUAACCUGAAUGAUGGGGGAAUGGAGUUACAUGGAUGGGUUUGGGGUUGCAGUGAAGCAGAGAGGCUGUAUGUGAGAAGGAAGGGUAAAGUUGAUGUUUUUAAAAUGUGCUGCUGCUCCCAGUGUUUUGCUCAGUGGCGUUACCACCUUUCAGUCGAGGCUUCAUCAACAGCGUUCUCAGCCGGAGCAACAGAAGUGAAUCUGACACCAAGUUUUGAAGAAGUGACCCUGUAUUUCUGCUUUGCCACACCUGCCUCCUUGGCGCCAAAUGAAGAACAGUUUGUGUAUGUGGACUUGUGCAAACUUGUCAAUUUUGUUACUGUGUGAAUGCUGACUGAGUUUUCUUUUUGCUACAGGAACUUCCCAGCAAUAGUUUACCAAACGUGCAGGAAAUUAGAGUCAGCAUUUAAGAAUUUAGGAUACAAUGUGUUUGAAUGUGCUGUAGCAGCUUCUGUAACUCAGUGCGAUUGGAUUCCUCCCUCUUGGUCAGAUAAAGAUAAUAGAGUCUUGUAUGUCACUGCAUAUUUAGAGACUACUGAUAGACGUAGAAUCAGCUCAUUCACAAUGUUUAGGGAAAGCAUUUACAACUCAGUAAUUGAAAAUACUCUCAUUUUUCCUUUUACCUUUCCCUUGGCUGGAAUAUGCAAGCAUAUGUUAUGAGGUUAACAUAGUCUUCGUUAGUUCAGGACAAGGAAGAAACUGAAUUUUAAAAAAAUUGUAAAUCAAAAAUGAGUUUCCUCAUUUCAUAAAAAUAGAAAGUCCAUACAUUAAGACAUAUAUAAUUUUUGAUAUUUAAAGAAGUCUUAUAGCCUAAAUAGUUUGGCUGCCUUAGUUACAUUGGUGUGUUUGGUGAGACUCCUUUUGAAAGCCCGGAACUGUAAGGGGUGGGCGAUGUCCUGGCUGCUGCUUCCCCCUGCCCUUCCCUUGGACGUUUCACAUGUUGUAAACACUUCCCUUUUGACGAGCUGCAAUUAGUGACAGUUAUGUCCUUGAACACUGUUCAUUCUUUGCCCUUCAUCGAAGGCUUGAGUUUGGGGUUAUCCCUUUUAAUAACCAUAGGCUGUGAUUUAGAAAUCCCUCCUAAAGCUAGUCUGUUACUGCUAAGAGUGUUAUCAUGAAAACGUGUUUAAAAAGAUAAGUUUCCAGUCAGAUCUUUUUUAUUUGCCUCCAGUCUGGAGUGAGAAGCGAUCAGAAGGUCAAAAUGCAAGCCUGUUUCACCAUUCAGUGAGGUCAAAAUUGACCCUUAGCUACCUAUGCCCGUCUCUAUAAGUCUGCAGACUCAAAUUUGCAAUUAAGAAUUGACGCCUAACAUCAUUCAUCCUUUGCUAAAACAGUUCCAAACUCUCAGUGCCCUGUGCACUGAGGAUUAUAUUCUAACCUCAAUCCAAAAGCUUGUUUCUAAUUUUGAGAUGAUCUCCAAGUAGGAAACUGGAGAUCAGAUAAUGCCUCAGAAGAGAGACUUCAGGUCAGUGACUUUGAGGCAGUAUCUGAUGCUGUGUAAUCUGUUCUUGAUAGAGGACUGUGCAGAAGUCUUUGGGGUGUGUGUGUAUAUAUGCACAUUGUGUGUGUGUGUGUGUGUAUACACACACAUACAUACACACGCACACACUCUUCUACAAAUUGGUCUAAAUUUAUUACAAUUAUUAAACACAAAAUAAUUACAUAAUUACUCACCCCCUGCAGGUCAGUAUUUAGUAGAAGCACCUUUGGCAGCAAUUGUAGCCUUGAAUCUGUGUGGAUAGGUCUCUAUCAGCUUUGUGCAUCUGGACACUGCUAUUUUUUCCCCAUUCUUCUCCACAGGAGCAUAGAAAACCUACUGCUCGAGCUCUCAGAUUGGUUGGGGAUCAUGAGUGAACAGCCCUUUUCAAGUCCAGCCACAAAUUCUCAAUUGGAUUGAGGUCAGGACACUGACCUGGCCAUUCCAGGGCAUUAACUUUUUUGUUUUAAAGCCAUUCCUAUGUAACUUUGGCAUAAUGUUUGGGGUCAUUGUCUUGCUGGAAAACAAAUCUCCCAAGGUGACUGCAUCAGGUUUUCCUCCAGGAUUUCCCUGUAUUUUACUGCAUUCAUUUUACCCUCUACCCUCACAAGCCUUCCAGGGCCUGCUGCAGAGAAGCAUCCUUACAGAAUGAUGCAGCCAUUAUGGUAGGGAUGGUGUGUUUCUGAUGAGGUGUGGUAUUUACGCUAAAUGUAGCAUAUAGUCUGAUGGCCAAAAUGCUCAAUUUUGGUUUCAUCAGAUCAUAGAGCCGCUUUCCAGUUGACUUCAGAAUCUCCCACAUGACUUCUGGCAAACUUUAGCCGAGAUUUCAUGUGAGUUUUUUUCAACAGUGGCUUUCUCUUUGCCACUCUCCCAUAAAGCUGUGACUGGUGAAGCACCCAGGCAACAGUUGUUGUAUGUGCAGUCUCUCCCAUCUCAGCCACUGAAGCUUGUAACUCCUCCAGAGCUGUCAUGGCUCUCCCUCAUUAGUCCCCUUGCAUGGUCAUUGGGUUUUUGAGGGUGGUCUGUUCUCAGCAGGUUUACAGCUGUGCCAUAUUCAUUCCAUUUGUUGAUAAUUCACUUAACUGCACUCAAGGAAUAUUCAGUGACUUGGAAAUUUUUUCAUAUCCAUCUCCUGACUUGUGCUUUCCAAUAACCUUUUUGUGGAGUUGCUUGGGAAUGUUCUUUUGUCAUCUUGGUGUAGUUUUUGCCAGGAUACUGACUCACCAGCAGUUGGACCUUCCAGAUACAGGUGUAUUUUUACUACAAUCGAAACACCUGGACUGCACACAGGUUUAUAUAUAGUUAGGACACUUUAAUCCAAUUGGCUGCAUCAGUGAUGAUUCAGUUUGUCAUAUUAAAGAGGGUGAAUACUUGCACAAUCAAUUAUUUUGUAUUUUAUAUUUGUAAUUAAUUUUGAUCACUUUGUAGUGAUCUGUUUUUACUUUGACGUAAAAUACUUUUUCUGUGUAGAAAAAAAAGCGCCAAAUUAAAUCCUCUGUGAUUCAGUGUUGUAAAACAAUAAAACAUGACAACUUCCAAGGGGGUUGAAACUUAAAUCCAAUCACUCCAUUACUGGAAAUUCCAAGACAAUAUCCUGGUUUGUGUAGUGUCUCCCCUUAACAUUAAGGAUCCUAGUUUCAUUCCUGAACUUCCACCAGGACAAACAUGUCAUACUGAAGAUAAGAAGCGAUUCUUCCAUUGCUUUUAUCUCCUGUACACCAAAGCCUCUACCUUGCUCUCAUCUAAGCAUAAUUGCUAAGAGCAUUUCUAUUGGAUUUAGUCAUUUUAGCCUGUAAUGAAGUUUAGCAUAUCCUCUGGCAAAAGUUGGAAGCGAAGAUUCAGCUGACUGAUGUGCCCCAGCUUAAGCUUCAGACUGAAAGUAGUUAUUAGGUGUGUGGGGGGGGGGGGGCGCGGUGGAAACACAA